GCGGGGCACGGAGGGUUUUUUCUCCUCCCCUCCCCCUCCUCCUCCCCCUCCCUUCCCGGAGCAGCCGCGGAGACGCGCAGGUGGAGAUAGCGCCCCGGCGGCGGGGGCUUCAGCCUCAGGAGCUCAGGAGAUGGCUGCAGGGACCAGGCUGGAGGACGGUUCAUUGGAUCUCACACAAAGUUUAGAAGAUGACCCUCUUCUAGAAGCUCAGCUUCUGCCACAACAUCCAUUGCAUAUUCAUUUCAGACCUAGAUUCCAUGCCCUUCCUACUGUCAUCAUAGCAAAUCUCCUCUUAUUAAUACAUGUUGUUUUUGUUGUUUUAGCAUUUUUAACAGGUUUGCUUUGUUCUUAUCCUAAUCCAAAUGAGGACAAAUGCCCAGGAAACUACAUCAACCCACUUAAAGUUCAGACUGUGGUCAUCCUUGGAAAAGUGAUUUUAUGGGUCCUCCAUGUGCUUCUUGAACGUUAUAUUCAGUAUCACCAUAGCCAAGUGAGAAACCGAGGUUACAUCAUCAUCUAUAGAUCCACAAGACAUCUUAAAAGAUUGUCGUUAAUGAUACACUCUACUGGCAAUGCAGCCCUGCUCCUCAUCCUGUGUAUACAGCACUCCUUCCCUGAUCACGGUCCUCUCUAUCUUGACUUCAUCCUGGCAGUCCUGGCCUUGGAACUGAUUUGUUCCCUGAUAUGUCUAGUCAUUUACACAGUGAAAAUAAGAAGAUUUAAUAAAGCCAAGCCAAGACCUGAUGUAAUUGAAGAAGAGAACAUGUAUGCAUAUGCCAAUAAUAGUACUUCAGAGACUGGAUUCAGGACUAGUUCCAGUCUAGAAGAAGUAGUUGAAAAGCAAGGAGAUAUAAUAGAAUACCUGAAACGACACAAUGCUCUGUUAAGUAAGCGACUACUGGCUGUCACAUCCUCCCCUGAUUCACCUUCUCAGCCAAGUAGAGAGUGAAAUCUCCCAAAUUUUAGCAUUUCAAGAAUCCAAAAUAAAACUGCUCGCACUGGACCUUCGGACAAGCUGCUAGAAUUCAAUUAGAGCUUUUGCUGACUAGUUUUUUAAAAUAAUUUAUGUUGGAAACUUGAAUUUUGUUUUCAGGUAUGCUGAACUUUUUCUUCUUUUGCUACAACUAUAAGGCUUCUUCCAUAUUUGGAAAAUCCAUUUCUAUAAUUAUUAUUUAAAAACAUAUAGGCUUAUAGCCAACCUAGCCCUUCACAUAAUAGGUUUGAAUUAAUUUAACUACUCAGUUUCCUUAAAGGUGUGGUUUCAAUUUCUUCCUUGUUCCAAAUUAACUUAAAGCAUCUUUUUCUUAACAGCUUGCUCUUUAUAGAGGUAGUUAAUCAUUCCAGAGAAAUUUCUAAAUGAAUGAGCCCAAUAUAAAUGUGUUAAGUUUGUUGAAGCCACCAUGAUUAUGUAAGACAAAAAAGGACCCUCAGAACAUUUCUACAUACCUGCCUUGGGUUGGGCAGAACUACUACUCAGUUCACUCACACUAAGGCAGUCAUUAGAAGAUUUACAACAUUGUUGAGUUGAUUUGUAUGAAAGGACCUUGUACAGCUGACAAAAAGUAAUCUGAAUUUGUUUCUCCAGUGUUGGAAAUUUAGAGAUAAGGCCAAAUUGUGAACCCAACAUACUCAGUUACUGAUACAGUCUAUGAAGGAUGGUGAUUAGUCAACUGUAUUAUUUUCCCUCUGCUGGAUAUAAUUUUAGUUGACACAUUUGCCAUGGGUACAUUAAAUACUUUAGGAAAAUCUUUUUUUUUUUUAGUUUUAGUGAUUUUUUUUUUGACAGGUUAAUCCUGUGGGUAGGAAGGAAUGGGUUUCUUCAGUGUGUCGGAAUAUAUUUAUAGAAACUUGUGUAUAUAAUAUAUUUGUAUACAGGUAUAUUUAUCUUUUAUUUGAACACUCAAAUUAUACAUCAUUUGCAAGAUGUGCAGUAUUAAGCUUAUCACUUUCAUUACUACUUUUUAAUUGGUGAAUGAAGUGAUGUAUCCUCUUCAGGUGAUUGUGUCACCUCCAAACAGUUCAGAGAGAGGAGAGAGAGUAUAUAUGUGUAUGUGUGUGUCUGUUUUAGAAUGCAAAUAUAUACUAUGUGUAGUUUCUGAAAGGUUGAAGUGUGUCUGGGCCCUUUUUUAAACUCUAGGUUUUAUCUGGGUUUCCUGCCUUGUAUUCAUCAAUGUGUACCUUAAUGCCUUGCCAUUUCAGGAAGUCUCUUUCUCCUUCAUUCUAAAUACUCUGCCCUCAACUUUCCCACCAUCUUUUUAGGUGUGUAGAAGACAGAUUAUUUUCAACUCAAUUUGGUUAUGCAAUUGGUCUGCAAUUCCAUUUUAAUUAUUUUGUAAGAAUAAUGGAAUAUGUUUUGGUGUAAAUAACAGGUAUGUUCUGGAGAUUUUUUAAGGAUACUCAGGUUUUGACAUACAUGUGUGUAUGCCUGUCUGUACUUCAUUUCUAACUGAAUAAUAAAUACUUUGAAUUGUUCAAACAAUAAAUACUACUGAAAAAAAUUGA